GAGAGAGAGGGAAGGAUGGAGGAACAUGAUGGGAGGGAGCAGGGGGAGGGGGAGAGAGGGCGGAGCAGAAGGGAGGCUGGCACCCAGUCUGUUCUCUCGCAGGAGGAAUCAGCAGCAGCAGCCAGCAGCAGGACAAUGGACUGCCUCCCCUACGGAUCCUAACGGGCACCGGGGCUGCUACUCGUGACUGACUGAAAUACGAGGAGGUGAAUGUCAAAUAGCUCCAGGAUGCUGCCGUCCUCGUCCUUGCUGACCUGCUGUUCACCGGUAGGCAUCUGAUUGACCAAACAUGAUGAAGACCGAACCCCCGACGGCCACGGGGGGCAACGGGACCUCCGUUGGCAGCGGCAGCUCAAACCUGCGUAGUCCCUCGCCCCACCGCAACGCCUACGAGGCGGGGCUGGCGGCGCUCAAGAAGGCCACCGACCACCUCAACAAUGCUGCAAACGGAGGCGCCGGGCCCGUCUCCAAACCCGCUCCUCUGCCUCGCCCAACCGGGAGGGGCCGGAAAUACGGGUCAAAUGUUCACCGCAUCAAGAACAUGUUCAUGCAGAUGCAGUCUCCUGGCGACGAGGAGGACGGAGCCAAAAUGAUUGGUGUAGUAGAGCAGGCGGUGAAACUGUCCCUGCCGAGGGCAUCCAGCCUUAAUGAGAACGUGGACCACAGUGCCCUGCUCAAGCUCGGGGCCACAGUCUCAGAGAGGGUCAACCGCUUUGACUCUAAACCGGGCGAAGAGGCUGGGGGCUUCUCCAAACUUCAGGAGACCAGGAGGAUCUUCGAACAGCGGACUUUACAGGAGAAGCAAGCCGCCAACAACCGGAUAUUGCUGAAGAAAGAGCGGGCAACGGGUUUCCAGGACAGCCGCCUAGAUGUCGUGGCUCGCUUUAACGGCUCCACUGAGGCUUUGGACCGACUGGACGACCCCCCAGCUCCAGCUCCUCUUCCGACUCCCGCUCCUCUUCCGGCUCCCGCUACUCUCACCGCUGCCGCAGCUUCGGUCGGGCCCGGUGACGCUGUCAGCCCCACCGUGAGCCAGCUCAGUGCCGUGUUCGAGAAGAGCGAACCACCACAAACCAAUGUCCAAACCCCCCAACGUCGGUCAGGCCCUGCCCUAGCACCAAAGCCCAAACCACCAGCCAGAACGGACGCUACCGGAAGGAAGGGGAAAGUGCUCCUUCCAGGUAAGAAGGACCACGAGGAGAUGGCAGAAAGCGGUGUAAGCACCCAGGAAGAAGAAGAACCAGAAGAGACUCUAGAGAGGAGCAUAAGAGAAGCAAUGGCCAGCGAGGAGAUGGAAGGGUCAGAAGACCAGCUCCCCAAUUCCUCCUACUCCUCAUCAUCGUCCUCCUCCUCUUCUUCGGGAGUCAAGCCAGAGUCAGAGGCCCGGCCAACAGCGACUGAAGCCAGGGGCUCAAGUACGGUGUCUGUCCCAGAGCAAGAGCCGCAGGCUGAUGAGCAAGACGGCUCCACCGGGGGUUCUGAGGCAAGAGCCCGGCUGGUGCAGGCGGAGGUCCAUGCCUCACUGGAAAAUGGUGAGAAAGAGCAUCCGGGUUCCUCUCCCUCCUCGGAGGAGGAGAAAGGAGGGGACUCUGAGAGGAGGAGCGAGGAGGAUAACGAUGAGGAUGGCUCCAGGAAGGAGGAUUACUCGGAGGGUGACCUGGUGGAUAUCAGCGCGUACAGCGGGCUCGGGGAGGAGGACUCUGGGGGUAGCCAGCUAGACGACGAGGAGGAUGAGGAAGAGGAGGAGGAGGAGGAGUACCAGCCGGAGACCAGCUGCCAUGAGAUCCCGGGCCUACCUGAGGAGGAGGAACCCGGACCACCAAAUAGGAAGAUUCAGUUCAGCACUGGGCUGAUCAAGGUGUUCACCACCUACUCCAACGAGGACUAUGAUCGUCGUAACGAUGACGUCGACCCCAUGGCGGCAUCGGCCGAGUACGAGCUGGAGAAACGAGUGGAAAAGCUGGACCUGUUUCCUGUAGAGCUGGUGAAAGACAGCGAGGGUCUGGGUAUCAGCAUCAUAGGCAUGGGGGCAGGAGCUGAUAUGGGUCUGGAGAAGCUGGGGAUCUUUGUGAAGACGGUCACCGACGGAGGAGCUGCACAGAGAGACGGCAGGAUCCUGGUGAACGACCUCAUCGUAGAGGUUGAUGGGACCAGCCUGGUCGGUGUCACUCAGAGCCUCGCUGCCUCCGUCCUCCGCAACACCACCGGCACUGUCAGUUUCGUGAUUGGUCGGGAGAAGCCGGGGGAGCAGAGCGAGGUGGCCCAGCUGAUCCAGCAGACUCUGGAGCAGGAGAAGUGGCAGCGGGACAUGAUGGAGCAGAGAUACAAGCAGUACAUGGACGACGACGAAGAGACGGGUGAAUAUGCGACCGACGAGGAGGAGGAGAUGAGCCCCGUGUUUCCGAACUCCAUCGAGGUUUUCGACCUGGCCGAGAACCAGGACACUCUGUCUCCUGUGGAGCUGGACCCCGAGAAGCUCGCCCACAAGUUCAAGGAGCUCCAGAUCAAACACGCAGUAACCCAGGCGGAGAUCCAGCUGCUGAAGAGGAAGCUGGCCCAUGCGGAGCAGGAUAAGUUGCGUUGGCGGAUGGAGCGUGCUCAGUUGGAGCAAAACAUCCGGGACAGUAAAGAGAGGAUGGAGAAGCUGGAGGGCUACUGGAUGGAGGCGCAGUCGCUGUGUAAGGCGGUGGACGAACACCUGAAGGAAACCCAGGGUCAGUACCAAACCCUCGAGAGGAAGUACAGCAAAGCCAAGAGGCUGAUUAAAGAGUACCAGCAGAAGGAGAUCGAGUACCUGAAGAAGGAGACGGCUCAGCGUCGGGCACAAGAAGAGAGCGAGGCGACACACAAAGAGGAGGCGGACAACUUGCAGGAAACGAUUGACGACUUGGAGACCAAAGUGGAUGCCCUGAAGACCCCCAAUCCCUCCUAGACUGCUGCUACGCCCUACAACCUGUCUGUGACCGGAAGGGGCGGAGCUCUGCCUUCACUCUGACCUGGGCUGUCAUUUUAUUCCAAUCAACCAUUUGCUGCACGGACAGGUAGUUUGUGGGAGGGGCGGGGGGGGACUGAAAGGGAGGACGUCUGCCGGCGGCUUAGUGCUCUGUCAGCCAAUCCCUGCGAUACCCAGAAUCCUCCUUGUGUGUCUUCCCGACUCGGCAAUCAACGCGGAACGCCACAUUCAACAACCCGUGCUUCACGUACCGGACGACCCGCUUCUCCUCUCUUCAAAUAACCUUCACCGUAUUCCAAUUCAUAUGACAAAAAGCGCUUUUAUUGAACAGGCUCGUCACAAAGUGCUUUUAUAGGGUGACAACGCAUCGGGACCAAGAAAGGACCAGAGGUCUUUCCAUUGUUGACGUGAUCAUUUUAAAGCGAGGCGGUUGCUGAAACCGUUCCUUUUUCAAUGUUUUUCCGGGGGGACCGGACUGGACAAGCGAGUUUUCUGCCGCGCGGCGUCGAUCACACCAACCCGGAAAACAACGAACAUGGAGAAAGGGCCACCACAUUUUAAAAAAUUAAAAAAACUCUGAAGUGGAGCCUCGGUAGUAACACGCAGCAGCAACAACGGCAACUUUGAAAGGAAAUAGCCACCACCUGCUGAUAGUUAAGGUAUAGAAACUACAAAAGAAGAUGGCCUCACAUUUCUGAUUAGGGCCAAAAACUGCCCGCCCUGGCCUCCUCUUUUCUAGCUCUGCACACGGUGGAAGGAAUCAGGUGCUCUUCAGGUCUGAGCUGUGGCGGCAACCCAUUUGUAUAUAUCCUACACGUGUAUUUAAUAGUGUUUUGAAUGGCUUCACGCAGUGAGGUGGGUCCCACAGCCGAGAGUACGGCGGUGCGAUGAGCCCCAAACGACCAGGAAACGGUUCCCCAAUCCAGUCCGUUUCAUCUCUUUUCUAUCAACAUCGAUGGCAAACAGGGUGUGAGGAGUCGAACGUGUGCUCCUAGAGCUUCUGAUGGUGUUUACUACGGUAUCUGUGGGUUUACAUGCACACCACCCAUCUGUUUAUUCAUCAGUCAUGGACUACAUCUUUGAGUUGGUGCAGGCUUUUCAGAAAUCUAAUGCAGGAUUUUUAAAAAACAAAAAACUGACUAUGCUAUUUUGAAUACAUAUUGGUAUUGUGAGGCUGUUUUGCGUACAGCUUCAGUUGCACUCGCAUCAUGAGAAAUUGCAUAUUCAGUUCACGGCAGAUGUGAACGACAGGAGCCCCUGAGGUGCACUUUAUCAGAUGUUCAAACAUUUCCUGGAGGCGACACCGCUCUGCAAACACUCUCUUUGGUCGAGGUAAACACGAGUGGGAGGAGCCAGGGCCGGACUCCUGAGAUAUUAGAGAGUUAAAAAAAUUAGAAUCUGUUCACAAUGUUUCUAACAGUUUAUGCAUCAUUUUAUACAAAUACAUAACCAAACAAACAAGGAUGCUUAAUGUGUUACAAUUAGCCAACAAUAUUAACUACUAAGGAAGUAAAGAAAGGCCAUAAUAAUUGAAUUUUUAAAAAAAGUAUAAGCUAUUGAUUACUGAAUUUGGAAUUUAAAGACUACUGAAUUUAUAGCAAUUUUUGUUUGACUUAGAAAUCCAUCUGUCUGACUAUGUGGUCUCAAAUCUCCUAGAGUGGUACAAUAAAAAAAUUAAAAAGUAACCAACUUUAUUUUGAUGCAGGUCUGAAAGUUUUUCUAUUUGUAUGUAAUAUUUCAGUGCUACACAUUAAGUAUUCAUUUCACAAUGAUCUUUUCAGCUUCUUAUGAAAUUCAUAAAUCGUAUGACCAUUCUUUGCAUCUGCAGCCGGUAUCAGUCAGGCUGUAACCGCUAGUUAUCUACGUUAGCUACUUAGCCUCUCUGAUUUUUUCAAAUACUGUAACUCUCCAUAUCUGCUGAUAUAGCCUACUAAGUCGUUGCCAAUUCUAUUAUUAUUGAUAUUUCGAUCAGUAUUAGCCCUUUCUAAUCAGCUCAUAUAGCCUUGUUAUGAGGAUGGUGUUGCCUCUAUGAAAUGUUUGCUAAACUAGAUCUUCAAAGUGUCAUUCAAAAAACUGCAUGCAAACACACUCCACAUCUCCUGUAUUACGGCACGAGGAGAGGGCCCCAGUGCCAGUAUUAUGAAUUUAUGUCUGACAUAGUCCAAAUAUGGGUUGAAUACAAAAGUGUUGCUGUGGUAUUAAAGGUCAGAUCAUUCUUUCUGGAACCCAAGGACCACUGGAGGUUCUGGUUAAGCUGCAUACAUUUUUUUAAUUGAUUUUUUAAAUUUUUAAAUUUAAAUUUCUCUUCUAAACAAAUUGAAUAAGUUGCAAAAAGUCGAAGACACACAGAAAUGGUGUUGCUUGACAAACUUUGGGUCACAAAAUGUAUGUAAUUGUCUUAAUUGGUCUGGAAAUAGCAAAUGAAGACUUUUGUCCAGUCUGUUUAUCCAAUAUGAUUAUAUAUUUAACUAUUCUAAUUUGACUACCAUCCAGUAGUUGGUGAUGACUUUUUGCUAUUCCAAAUAUGAGGCUCAUAUUUGCAUGUGGAUGGCAAAAUGUAAGACGGCGUUUUGAACGGACAAAUGGGGCAUUUUGCUGCUCGUUCACCACGGCAACCAUUCAGAGUUUGUGCAUGUCUUCAUCGAGAUAAUACAGCUUGCUGGCAAGCUCCCAUUAGGUUGCAUUAAUUAAAAACACUGAAUCCGAUAUCAGCUUGAUUAGGCUAUUCAAGUUCUCGCCAAUAAUGAAUGCGAACCAAAAUAAUUUAUUUCGUGUUUUCCACAGAAUGAAGUUUGGAUGAAUUCUUCUCCUCUAGCACCAUCUUCUGGUCAAACUUGGUUCACAAGCAAGACGUAUCUCGUGCUGAUUAGCAAGCCGUUAGCAUGCUGACACACACCAAAACCGAGGUGAAUGUUACACCUGCUGAACAUCGGCAUGUUGACAACGUCCCCGUGAGCAUGUUAGCACGUUAGCAUUGAGCCUCAAAGCACCGCCUUGAUAGAUCCACUAGUGUGGCUGUAGACUCUGUAGUCUUGUUGAUAUUAUACAAUAUUCAAAGAAAUAUUCUGUUUGUUUGUCAUCCUGAAAAAACACAGGAAAAGAAAAGGUUCACAACUAAUCCCUCCAAACAUUUGUGAACGUUUUUUUAGUUUUUUGUCAAAUCUAAUGUUGCACUUUCAAGCAUACCAAUUGUUACCGGUUGUACAGACAUGCCUUUGGAAAUGAGGCGUUUGCUCUUAAAAACGUUGUUUUGUGCUGACCAAUUACUGGUCCCUGUUUACUGUACCAGCUCCCGACCUUCACCUCUGACCUCCAGGAAAUAAUCAGUGUUAGAUUUUCAGUGACUUGUGGGAGCAAAUAAGCUUGUGUAGUGCUCGGCUCAUGAACUGUUGGAGUGUGGUCGCAAACAGGAACACGAGAAACCAAAAGGUCCUUUUUCCUGUUUGUAAAGUUGUGUUGUGAGUCCUGGUGGGAUGAUCCAGGAAGUUAGCAUUGCACUGGUUUUCCUCCGCAAAAAGCCAAUCGGGGAUCUAUCAGUUCAUUUUCAGAAAUCUUGCACGGUGUGUUGAGCAAGAUCGUCCUCUCAAAUGAAAACCACUUUCAUGUUUUUUAAGGGCGUGGAUGCAAUUGAGAAGCUAACGCCGGGCUUUAAGCUCAUUUAGCCGCAUGUUAGCAGCCACAUUUUUAACACGUAAAAGCCUCCAAAUUCGCGUUAGGGGGGAUUUGCUGACGUAUUUUACAUUAUAAUAAAAAAAAAAUGUUCAAAAAACAAUUGACCGGAGGGAACCAGGAAGUGCAAAAAUGCUGACUUAUUUCCUGGUUUUAGGACCUGGGCUCAUAAAACUUGAUGUACUAAUAUCGUGAUAUAAGUAUGUUUGAGUUCGACAAGGGGCAGCGAGUAGUAUAAAGUGUGUGACGCCAAGUAUUAGUCCAACAAAUGCAGUAUAUAUAUAUAUAUAUAUAUAUAUAUAUAUAUAUAUAUAUAUAUAUAUAUGUUGUAGUCCUGUCGGACAGGAGCAAAGGGGCUUAGAGAGCAUUUUCUUUAUUAGAGGAAUCAAAAUCAGCCAUAAGCAACUCACUUUGGGUAUUUUUCACUUCUAAAGUAUUUUUUAUUAGUCUCAUCUUCGUCCCACCAAAUGUGAGCUGUGCAGUUGCUGUCUGAUCAGCAGGUCAGGUCACUUUCAUGUCACCUUGCCAUGACUCGUUCUCAUUAGUUAACAUGCUGCUUUUCGGCUUCCAGAGGCCUUCCGACGUGCGCUAGCUGUAGCUGUCUGUCACCGUGGUUACCCACCACUCAUUCCCGUGUUAAAAAACUACAACAACAAAAAGUGUUUAAAGAGCAUUUGCCGGUGAGCACGGUAAAGACACGCCGCCAUGUUGGACAGACAGAUUGUAGCACCACAGCGUUUACAUAUCGUUACAGAUCGACGCCUUUCCCCCACGUUACGUUAUUUCUCUACGCUGCUUCAUGUCCCCUCCCCCCAAACCCCCCACAGGUGGCCUCCGAGCAGCCCUGCGCAGAGGUGAGAGGGUUUAGUGCCUUGCUUAAGGGUGAAGGAUAACAGUUGAGAGUGGGGAGCGCACGCCCACCCGCUCGUCUGUCUCAAACGGACCGUUACACGUUCUCACACUUGUAAGUUUUGACCUUGACAACUGGCGCGUUAUGUCCCGUAACCAUCGGCAACCAGACUUUAAACACUUCACCUGUUAGUAGUGUCAGCUUGUGUUGACGUGAUGGUUUAAGACACUGGGGGGAGGGAGUUUAUAAUGAAAACCAAAUAGUUUAGUGUGACUUUUACAUCCGCUUUGUUCCGUUUCACUCCAGCAGCCCCAACCUCUUGGCUUCCAUGAUACACCGGCGACACCAGAGAGGGGCGGGGCAAUCUGACAUGGCGCGUACUCGACCUCCUGAGUGGGUCUCGGGUCUGACAACAGAUUUCCAUCUCUGCCGAGUUCUGUUCUGUAGUCCAUGCCGCCAUGUUUGUCCGAAACAUUACCGUGUCUGUCAGCAUUAAUAAAUAAACGAGAUAUGUUGAACAAGAAA